AUGUUGGGAGCAGCAGCGGCAGCAGCAGCAGCAGCAGCAGCAGCAGCAGCAGCAGCAGCAGCAGCAGCAGCAGCAGCAGCAGCAGCAGCAGCAGCAGUGGCAGCGGCAGCGGCGGUGGUGCUAGCACAAACGGCAUCCAUACCGCUCACCCCUCCCACCUCUCCUCCGCCGUUCCCCCUUCCGCGCAUGCCCCAGAGCAGCAAAGCCAGCAUGCAGGGGCGCGGGAGGGGGGGGAUUGCGGAUGGGAAGAAGACAUACGUGGGAGUCACUAUGGACGCUGAGAGAAGGCUGAAGCAGCACAAUGGCGAGGUGGUGGGGGGAGCCAAGUCAACGCGGGCUGGCAGGCCGUGGGCGCUCGUGUCUGUGGUGUCGGGCUUCAGAACCAGAAGCGAAGCGUUCCAAUUCGAGUGGCGAUGGAAGAAUCCCCGGAAGCUCCGUGGCGACGGCACCGCAUACGACCGCACUGCAUAUGACCGCACCGGUGUGUCCUCCACAUCUGCAGCUGCUGCAGCCUCUGCCUUUGAUGCAUCAUCUUCACCCUCAGCACAUGCAGCAGCGGCAGCACUAGCAGGGAGGGAGCAAGGGCAAUCCGAGCCUCACGUCCUGGUUCGGCGGCGAGCAGCCUUGGAGGAGGCUCGGCGGUCGUUUCCGCAGUGGCAACACCUGACGUAUUCCUGGCGGGCGUGA